UACACAUCAUAAUUUUUCGUUCCUGUUGAUAUUGUGUGUUGUGCAUGCCAGACAAUUAUUUAAGCAACAAACAAGUUUUAUUGCAAAUACGUUUUAUUUGUUAUUAUACAUUUUACUUGAUUCAGUGUACAUUUUAAGUGAGCUACUUGUAAUUAGCGCUAGAAGUGCAAACAAUAAACCACAAAGUGUGUGAACACAGCUCGAAGUGAACGGGGCAAAAGAUUCUAUUUGAUUGAUUGCACUUAAUCAUGAACUAUUUAGCCGGCGAGCCAGUGCCGCCGGGCUUUGAGGAUGAUUUCGGACGCCCAGCUGACAUCCAGAAGCAGAUUGAAUCCUUUAACGAUGGCCCCUUAAUUGGCACCGAAUACGUGGUGGAGCUGCAUGAGAACGGUCAGAUGCGUCCCGAUUAUUUCUGUGUGCUGUGCAACACGUGCAACGAUGUGCGCUCCAUCUUCAUACACUGGACCUCGGUGACGCAUCGCACCAACUAUCUGCGAAACCACUAUCAAAAGGCCCACGAUCUGCUUCAACAGAUGCGUCGCUCCUCUUCGAAUUCCAACGAACAAGUGCUGAAUGUCACCACAAAAUUUAUGCAGAUCGUUGAGCAACAGUAUGGCCGCAGUACACAGAUCCUGGCCAUUGCUGGCGGCGAUUUUCGUCGUUAUCGCGCUAAGAUUUGUGCCCAGGUGCGCCAUAAAUACCAUUACAAUGAAAGCUAUGGACCAGAUUUCCUCAAGGAGAUGCGUCAGUUUAUUAGCGACGCAAAGCCGCCAAUAGAAUCACAUUCAAAAACAUUAGAUGCAAUCUCCAGCGACGACGAUGAUGUAAAUUUUUCGCCCAAACCGCCACAGCAACAACAGCAGCCGAAUGUGAAGAAGCCAAGCAAAAAACAGGAGGAACAACAGCCAGCAUAUCGUGCUGUGAAUCGUUCCCCGCCGCCACCGAAGCUGACAACAACGGCUCCAACAGCUGUGCCAGCAGUAGGCGCAGUGACAGCAACUGGUGGCCAUAAGGUGUUGCCCACACCCAAGGAGCUGUCGAUGCAGGCCUCACAGAUUGCCCAAGAGCGCUACAAAUGGGAGAAGUUUCGUUGUGUACUCGAAGCGCAGCUGAAACAAUUGCGCGAUGUGACCGAAACUUAUGAAUCGAGUCCGGAGAAGCAUCCCGACUAUUCAGAUGAAUGGAAACAGUUUUGGAAUCGCCGCUACAAGCAGCUGCAGGAGGAGAAGAAAUGUGAUCCGAAUAGCUAUGACUAUAAACCCGAAUGGAUUAGCUAUUGGAAGGAUCGACGCGUUGAACUCUUCAAUAUCGCUGCCAAUAAGAUCAAGAAAGAGCUGCAAGAGAAAUUCCAGCUGGGCGAUGAGGACGAAGAGAACACCAAGAUGCUGAUGGAACGUUACAAAAUACGCGUGAAUAGUCCAAAAGAUGGGAGUGCCAAUGCAGCGGCCACCACAACAGGCACACAAGCUACCGCAACGCUUGGUGUGCGUCGCAAGCCCAACUAUCGCUCGUCAAAUAAUCGUGCCGGCAACGGUGGUGGCUCUGGCAUGUCCAGCGAGGCCAUCAUUGACAUUAGCGACGAUGAGCAGGCGUCGUCAGCGCCAUCGGCCACACGACCACAUCGUCGUCCGCCCUAUGGACGCAGUUUGUCGCGCUCCGAGUCACCAAAACGUGGCCGUCGCUUGGGCCGGGGACGCUCCCGGUCACGAUCACCGAUGGCAUCGCGACGACGCACGAGACGCUCGCGUUCCCGUUCGCGUUCAUCUCAUCGGCGCAACUCACGUUCGCCGUACAGCCGGAGUCGCGAUAAAUCGCACAGUUCACGCGGUCACGAUGAUUACGAUCGUGAUCGUGGACGUGAUGAUUAUUAUAGGGAGAGGGAAGAGCCCGAGGGUCCCAUUACAGUGGUCACCGUAUUGCGUAUGCUCUCGGCGCUCGAGGAUCAUUUGGGCAGCUUGGGACCGAAGGCGCUUAAUAUGCUAAGCAAGGCCCUGGCCAUGGAGAAGAUUAAACCGAAUGCGGCCGAUGAUUUGCUGCUGAAUGAGGACAAUUGUGUGUUCAUGGAGACGAUCAAGGAGAAGCUGAAGGGCAUUCUCAUUGCCGAAGUGCUCGAUGAUCCACAAAAAGUGCGCGUUGUAAAAAAGUUAAUCAGCAACAUUGCCACCGUGAUCUUUCAAGUCACAUCCAAGGAUGUGAAGGAGACUGGCUCACAAGCCGAUACCGGCAGGCAUGGCGUCGACUUGGCCAAGAAGAGUUCGAGGGACUAUCAGCUGCCCUACGACAGACAAUUAGUGUCAUCGAAGCUGGCCAACGCAUUGAUUGUGAACGGUGUGGAUGAUGUGAGUGUCGAUGAUAUGAAUCGUUUGCUGCACUUCUUCACGCUGCUGGCGAAGACGCAUCACGCACGCCGUCAAACGGAUCGCAGCCUUAAUAGCGGCUUGAACUUCAGCGAAGCUGUUACCCGCUUAGGUUUGAAUAUGUCGCUCGAUUCGGAGCCCAUUUGCAAUCAGGAUAAUAUUGAUUUGAAAGCUCUGAUCCAAGAGGUGGAAAAUCAUUUUGCUGCCAAGGACAACAGUAACGAUCAGCUGCAACAGCAGCAGCAACAACAACAACAGCAGCAACAACAGCAGCAGCAGCAGCAACAGAACUUUGUUAACGAAUCCAGCAAUGGCAUGGAAUCGUUAACCGAUUCCGAUUUGCAAACAUUGCUGCAGAACUUUAAAUUCCUGUCGAACGAGGAGCAAGUGCAUCUGGUCAGCCAUCUGCGGAAGCUGGAGGUCUUGGAGCCGGCGCGUGUCGAGCGUUUACGCAAAUACGUGAAUUUGGCCGAGCUGAGCAGCGACGGCGAAUCCUGCAGUGAUUAUCUGUCGCGUGUCGUGGCCAAUGUGCGACCCGCUGCUGCCUCUGCGACUGCAGCUGGUGGCACACGCAAGACCACAGCCAGUUCCUUGGACGCAAUGCGACGCAAGAGCGGCGACCAGCAGCUGGGAACAACAACAGCAACAGCAACAACAUCUGCUAGCAAGUUGCCGAUGCGCAACUUUACGCUAGAUGAAGAUGACGAAGAUGAUGAUUAUGAAUUCGGUGAUCUGAUCAAGAAGGCAAACGACACGAAUGCGAAUGGCAAAAAGUCCACGUUGCUCAGCGGCAACAACAGCAACACCAACAACAACAACGGCAGCAACAACAACAAUAAGACAUCGACAAGUGGCCUCAAUCAAAUUGGUGGAUUGCCAUCGACAGCGAAUGCCUUGACCUUUAAGCCGGCGGCAUCAGCAAAGAUAUCGCUCAAGGAUACCGAAAAUAUCAUUGCCAAUCUGAUGGGCACGCUGACCAACAACAGCAGCCAUCAGGCAAACAAGUCACAACAGCAGCAGCAACAACAACAACAGCAGCAGCAGCAGCGACAGAUGCCGCAGCAAUCGUUUGGGAGCAAUAAGCGUCCUUGUUUUCCAGGUGAUCGUUUCUAUGACUUUGAUGGCGAUCAGCAACAGCAACAGCCUUUAUCUCCUGCCAGCAAUCCUGCUAAUUCCUAUCAAAACAUGCAACAGCAGCAACAACAACCGCCCGGUGGCUACAGCAUGAACAAUUUCAAUGCCUAUGGACAACAGCAAAUGCAGCAUCCGGCUUACGGUGGUGCUGCCAUUAAUCCCUGGGCCAAUAAUGGGGCAUACAACAACAUGUCACAGCAGCAGAACUACAUGCCACAGCAAUCAUCUUACAACAAUAACAACAACAGCGGCAACAACAUGUUUGGCGGACAUCACUAA